CCUUAAACUGCUGCAAUGCCGACGGACGUGGCAGCCAUGCAGCACUACAACAUGAACGGUUACAACAUGCAGACUCUCAGCGCCAUGUACAACCUUCACGCGCAGGCGCAGCAGGCUCAUCCCGAGUACGGCCCCAGUGUGCAUGCGCUAACGUUGGCGGAGAGGCUAGCAGGUACUCCAGUCCCUAAUAUAAUCCUGGAGGCCCGGUACGGAGCUCAGCACAGGAAACAGCGCCGCAGCAGGACCGCCUUCACGUCACAACAACUCGCCGCUCUGGAGAAAUGCUUCCAGAAGACACAUUACCCGGAUGUAGUCAUGAGAGAGAGGCUGGCCAUGUGCACCAACCUGCCCGAGUCUAGAGUACAGGUCUGGUUCAAAAACAGACGGGCAAAAUGGCGGAAACGUCAGAAAAUGCAGCAGCAGCAACACCAGAAAGAAGGAGAUUCCAAGAAAGAAGACGAAGACAAGGAGGGCAGCGAAGAAGCCAAAGCCGAGGAGACGUCGUCAACGGUAGUUUCAAACGAUUCCGAGAAGCCAUCCUCGUUAGACGCCACUCCUUCGUCAACACUAGAACCCAUGCCGGGAGACGACGGAAAUGACGUCACAGCCGGAAGUGACGGUUCUGAGUCGGAAGGAGGAGAAGAUGGCGCCUGCGCAUCUGCUAUGGAGGAUGCCAUCCACCAGAGAGAAGAGGCGUCUGCUACAACACCAUCGUCAGAGACGAGCGAGCCAAUGAACAAAAAGAGAAGGGGCUCUGCUUCCAGUAUGCCAAGCACUAGUGCAGGACCUGAGAUCUCCCGAACGAUGAGUUUCCUGACGCCCGGGUACAACUCUGCCUACUCCAACUCUCCCCUCAGUCUGCUACAACUACAGCAGCAGUUCCAACAGCACACCAUGAACAUCAACAACCUGAACAACCACAUGUACCACCACCAGACUCACAUGCAGGUUCCGGGGCCAUAUGUUGGCAUCGACCAUCUCCAGCAUCAGCAGCCGUCUUUCCACGCGGCCCCGCAACCAGCCUGGUCCAGACCGCCCGUUCUACCUCCCUCGGUGCCCCCACCACCCGCAGUCAGCAAGGAUAUGCAAAUCAACAGCAUCGAGAGUCUGCGCAUGCGUGCCAGGCAACACGCAGCCGCACUAGGGAUCCAUUAUUCUGACAUAUAAUAUCCCGACACAUGACGUCAUUCAAGACCAUUAUUUCAAAAAUCCUGAAGCCUUACUCUUGCCAAAUCUUGUAUAAGAAGCCCCGACAUCUACAUUUUCUUUCUUCUAAAAUACCUACUUUCCAAUAUUCUAAGUUGUAAGAUGCAGCCAAAUAUGGGCAAUGUUGACAUUUGACAACUCUCAAAUUAUGACCUACCUCAAUCCUCUGAGCGGUCAGUGUUAGUAAAGCAGUGAAAAAUUUGAAACAGAACAAUGUCAACAAUGAUAUUCACAUCAAGCCUAUUUGAGUACCAAGAGAUAAUCCUAUCUAUUUUAAAUUUAGAAUCUUAGCUCUACAUUUCUUACUAUUUUCAACAAAAGAGAAAAAAAAGCUGCAUCAGCAUUGAAAGUGUUUGAAACGUACAUAUUUAUAUGAGUCAUUUGGAGGCCGGGACGGAAAAAGUAUUGCAGAUUUGACGUUAACUUAUGAUGAACGUGUUUGUAUCUUCUUUAUUUUUCUUUUCUUGUGCGUAUGUGCCUUGGUAUGUGUGAAAGUAUGUACAAAUUAUAGCACAGCAAUCUCGUAAGUUCUCACGAGAACACGCGAGACGUAGAUUCCAGAGUAAUGAAAUGUUACAAUAAUAGAUGACAUCGACAAUACUAUAUGGAAGCGUUAGUCUCAACGGAUCACAGGGUAACAGUUUUGUAUGUAAAAAGAAUAUGUAUAUUAUAUUAUAUAUUUGUUGCAAGCUUUAUGUAAUGCACUGUACAGCUGUGUUGGCAACACUUUGAAAUGUCUUAGAAAAAUGCGUAAUGGUUGCUGCAUCGUGUAGAAUUAUUACUGAGGGCCCAAAAACGAUUCCAAUUUUAUAGGAAGUGAAAGCUCCCAAGAAGGUAAUUGGUAUAAAUGUACAAUGUAGAAGGUUUCCCUCUAGCAAACACACAACGCCAAAGAUUCGCACACGGUAGUAUUUUAGUGUUAUUGCACAUAUACACAUUUACGUUUGUUCCAACAAUUCGAAGAUACCUCGUCGUGGUGCCAACAUCCCUAAGCAAAAACGCUCCUAGCGAUCUUGUGUUGAAAUGCAUCAUGCGCUACGUACAUUCCCUGUCAUAGAGACAUCACGAUGUUUAUACAUUAAUAUGAGAGAGCUGUGGUUUAAGUGUUGUGAGAAAUACACUGUUCUUUCCAAUGUCUCUGAAAUGUCAUGUUUUUGAUGUCUAAGACAUAUAUCCCUCUCGUAGCUGAGAAUGGACAUAUGGUAUUUCGUUCAUAGCUUGCAUUCUGAGCUUUCAAAGAAGCAUAUGAUAUAACAUCACAAACGCCAAGUUAUAUAAACAUUCAACAGAUAUUAGAUUAUUUCCAUAUUGAAUGUAGAACUAGUAGAAAACAAGACAUAUGCAUCUUUCCAAUAGAAAUAAUUGCCUGCAACGUUGAGAAAAGUAAAUUUCAAAAGGGCUGCCGCAUAUACUUAUAGGUUUUGCCUUCAAGAUAAAACACUUUUUUUUCUGAGAACGAAAGGGACAAAGAACAAAUAUCUGCCAUAUGUUGUGCUUCUACAAACAAAUAAUUUUUUAAUUUUCUACCAGAAACAUAAACUCUACAUGGAAGUACUUCAAAUUAACAUAGCCAUAGACAAUCUUUACUAGAAAAAGAAUGUUUUUAUUUAUAAAUUAUCCAUUUUAAAUUGCACAAAUUAUGCUGUCCAAUAGAAAUACCCCACGUUGAUAAGAUAAUAAAAUCGUAUACAAUCGCUACUCCCGAUGUUAACAAGCUACAUAAUAGUCAGAAAAUUUGGUUCUUUGUCCUAUCUGGAUGCUUUGUACAAAAUGCUUUCGCUAAAAAUAGAUUGGAAAUAGUUGUUCUUGAAGAGUGAUCUAUCAGACUGCUAGUAUUUUGUUCUGUGAGUCAAUGUAGAUGCCUAGCGCUGUGCAUAAUUGUAUAUUUUCUAUAGUAGUAACGGCGUUUUUGAAGCACAAGACCUGCUCUUUUGACACUCACGUAUGAACUGAGAAUAAAAUAGGCACUACUGUCUUUUAUAUUGGAGUCGUUUUAUUGACAUUAUUUGAUUAUUAUUAUGUUAAUUAUGCCACACA